AUGGCAGCUAAGAUACCUCAUGUUGAUUCGAAUUACCGUAAUGACUAUACCGGUAAGAAGUAUACGUUUAGAUCGUGGCUAUACGAUGUAGCGGUGUUCAUCUUCGAUAUAGUAUUCACGAUUUUUUUCAGAGAGAUUCAAGUCCGUGGUUCGUACCAUGUCCCCACAAAAAAUACCCCAACGAUCCUUGUGUGUGCACCACAUGCGAAUCAAUUCAUUGACGCUUGUUUAGUCAUGUCGCAGACUAGGAAGAUUACUGGCUCUCGUUCAAAACAGACGUGCUUUGUUACCGCUGAAGGUUCGAUGAAGAACAAUAGAUUUGUGGGAUUGUUUGGAUCUUGGACCGGUGCAAUUCCGGUUCCUAGAGUUCAGGAUAAUCUCGCACCUGUGGCCUCACACUUCAAGCUUUAUAUUCCAAACUAUGAUUCUGAUCCGACUUUGGUCAAAUUGAUGUCUUUUGAAGGACCAGUACGAGCUACUUCUCAUUUCACUCCGAAAUCGUUGAUCGGAUUGCCAGGUUACAUUGGUAGCGCUCAAAUUGAAACAGUUGUCGAUGAUGAAACGAUAAGGUUGAGGAAACCGUUCCCUGAUAACAACCGGGUAAAAAACUGUGUAUCGAAACCAACAUCGUUCUUAUACGCUGAAAAGAUCGAUAACUCGAAAGUGUUCGAAAAUGUGUUUAACCAUUUGCACACAAGAGGCUGUGUCGGUAUCUUCCCCGAAGGCGGUUCUCACGAUAGACCUUCGCUUCUACCAUUAAAGGCUGGUGUCGCUAUUAUGGCACUAGGUGCUGCAGCAGCUGAUCCAACGAUGGAAGUUCAUGUUGUUCCAUGCGGAUUGCAUUACUUCCACAGAAACAAAUUCAGAUCUAGAGCUACUUUGGAAUACACUGAGCCAAUUAUUGUCACUGGUGAGAUGGGAGCUGCGUAUUUGAAGGAUCCCAGAGGUGCCACCUCGAGUCUUCUAAAGAGAAUUGAAGAAGCCCUUUAUUCCGUGACAAUGAAUGCUGAUGAUUACGAUACCCUUAUGGCUGUGCAAACGGCGAGGAGAUUAUACCAACUUUCGAAAAGAUCCACUACGGGUUCAACGUUACCAUUAAGUGACAAUGACUCUAAUCAUAGAAUUCCGUUACCAUUGGUAGUUGAGAUGAAUAGAAGAUUGCUUGUUGGUUAUUCGAAAUUUAAAGGUGAACCUAGAAUUCAACAUCUAAAGAAGGCUAUUCAAGAUUAUAACAGGAUGCUUUUCAAGAUGGGUUUGAAAGACCACCAAAUCAUGAACUUACACCCAAAGGAUGAAAAAUGGAUUGUCCUUGUAACAUUGUUAAUCAGAUGCGUGCAAGUUUACUUUAUUGUCCUAAUGUCUUUCCCUGGUGUCAUUUUGUUCAGCCCCAUCUUCAUUACUUGUAAGUACUUCUCCAGAAAGAAGGCCCUUGAGGGGUUGAAAAAAUCCACCGUUAAGAUUAAAGGACAAGAUUUGAUUGCCACUUGGAAGAUCGUCGUUGCUAUAUCAAUGGCUCCAACACUAUACACAAUAUAUUCAUUGAUCAUGGUUUAUAUCACAAGGAAACACCCAUCUCUCUACAACUGGUUAAUUGUUCCACAUUUUAUCUUCAAGAGCAAACUCUUGUACUUUAUCUAUUGCUAUGUGGUGUUGAUUCUCGCCACGUAUGUCAGUUUUGUUACCGGAGAAAUUGGGAUGGAUAUAGUCAAAUCAUUCCCACCUUUGUUAGUGUCUUUGCUUUAUCCCGGUCAUACUUGUGAGAAAUUAAAGAAAACCAGGAUGAAGCUUAGUCAAGAUAUUACUGAGGUGUGUAAUGAUUUAGGUCCAAUGGUUUUCCCAGAUUUGAAGGAGAAAAGAGAGCUACGGAAAGAAUUCUUCGAAAAUGAUGGCUCAGAAAUAGAGGAUAAAGAUUCAGAUCGUGAAGCUGAUGAAGAACCAAACACUAGAAGUCGUUCAUCUUCGGUCUAUUCAAAUGAUUCUAGUGUAUCUAAUGCACUUUCCAAAAUCAAUUCAAGGGGUUCUUUAGUUGAUAUUCCUAUCUUUUCUGAUGGUCCUCAUUGUUAUCAAACAGAAGAUCAAGAUUUUCCUACAAGCUCUGUCGACAUUGAACCGCUUCAACCACAUUCAAAAAUUGCGUCACUGAUCAGGCAACGCAGAGAAAAGGAGGAAGAUUGA